UAUCAAAACGGGGUACCUUGGUAACUUGAGUUUUGCUUCUCUCCAUCUCCAAAUAGGCCGGCAAAUCAAAGUAUGUUUUAGUUUUCGAAUUUCACUUUCUCCGGCGAAGCACGAUAGCUUCCAUAGAUAAGCAGCAACGAACCAAAGAAAGCGACAUCGUCUUGGAUCAAUGGUGAAGGGAGUGCAAGGAGGAGGCCAAAACCUACCGGCCGAUGUGAUUCAGGUGACCGAUCAGCUGGAACGCCACUGCUUAGCCCCCGAUGGAUCUCUCAUUUCCAAAUCUGCCUACUGUGACCUUCAAAUUGCGAGAGAGGAGAUGUCGAGAGAGAGACUUCGCUACUUAGAAGCAAUGGCAAUUUACUGCGAAGCAAUUGCUAUGGUGGAAGAGUAUCAGCAAGCUGUUUCAGUGGCUAAUCUUGGCAGCAUUCGGGAUAUUCAAGGGUUAUACCCACAACUUAGCUUGAAGAACUCUCCUCAGGUCUAUGAGACUCUAGAGCAUCGUUUGGUUGUUGCUGAAGCAGCACAGAAAUUAAGGCUCCCUCUUAUAUCAAAAGAUGGUGAAAUCCAUGAGGAGGAAAUUGAAAAAUGGAGUAUAAUGUCACGAAGUUCCCUUGAUAGUACGAGUACGAGUGUGACAAUCAGCCCGAGCUCUAAUUCAAUGAGCUAUGCAAAUAGUUCCACAAACAGCACCACGGGAGCAACAAAUAAUACCGUUUCUCUUGGUGCUUCUGAUUCAGCAGAACCUGGAGUCGGUGGUGUACCCAAUUGUUUUCUUGGUAUAGCACCUACCUAUUUAUGGCAAACUCAGCUCCAACAAAUGCCACUAAUGUUGGACAUGGCAGAAUACCAGAUGUCUCUUUGCCAUGAGAUUGAGGCUCGUCUGAAGGAUAAAUGCAACAAGUUGGCCGAUGCUUUUGUUGAUGAAAUUGACUCUUCAUCUACUAGCCAAAAUUCAAUUGCUCGGCUUCCAGAGAGGGUUAAGUUAAUAAUUGAAGAAAUUGAAAGGGAAGAAGCUGCUCUGCGAGAGGAUCUCUAUUCUGCAGACAGGAAAUUUGCAGAAUACUACAAUGUCUUAGAGCAGAUACUGGCAGUGCUUAUUAAGCUUGUUAGAGAUUUGAAAUUGCAGCAUCAACAUAAAUAUGAUGAACUACAAAAGACAUGGUUGUGUAAAAGAUGCGAGACCAUGAGUGCAAAAUUAAGGGUUCUAGAGCAUGUUCUCCUGCUUGAAACUUAUACCAAGGAUUCCAUACCAGCACUCCAUAAAAUUAGGAAGUAUCUUGUGGAGGCUACAGAAGAAGCUUCUAUGGCAUACAAUAAAGCGGCUACACGCCUUCGAGAAUAUCAAGGUGUGGAUCCUCAUUUUGAUACAAUUGCAAGACAGUACCAUGACAUUGUAAAGAAACUGGAAAACAUGCAAUGGACUAUUCAUCAAGUUGAAAUGGACCUGAAACGAUUACCAGAUCACUCAAGCACAUAAUGAAUAUCCUUGGGUAAAAUUCAUUUUGUUGUAUUAAUCAUCCAAUGAUUUGUCCCCAGCUCUUUUUUCAUUUUUUAUAAGUUUUUUCUCAGUUCACCUUGUUACCAGCAUGUUGCUUAUCAUGUAUAGUGAAUGGCAAUGAAAAGAUAUCAUCUUGAAGGUUUGUACUCUCAAAAGAGAUUCUUUGAUUUCUCUUCCCCUCUA